AUGACGAACCUGUACGUGUACGAGGAACAGAACGCGAGGAUUGAGAAUCUGGGCGUCGCCGGCUGCAGAAUAGGAUUGCACAGCGCAAAUUUCGUCGUAAGUUCUACCACCAGAGGUGAGCGCCCAUCCUUCUCGCGCUUCACCCCCUCGUCGUCGGGGGACGAGGGCUCGGGGGCGGGGUGGCUGGGGGCGCUGCACAUCGCGGUGCGGAUGGGGCACGGGGAGGUGGUGGGGCUGGUGCUUCUAGCGGAUGCAGACGCGGACGAGCGCGACAGCGACGGGCGCACGCCGCUGACGCACGCGGCGAUGGGGGGCCACGCGGCGGUGGCGGCGCAGCUGCUGGGCGCGGGUGCGCGCCGCUCGCUCGCCGACGCCGACGGCCGCUCCGCGCUCCACUGGGCCGCGCUGUGCCGCCGCGAGCCCGUCCUGCGCCUGCUGCUCGAGCGCCCGCCCGCCCCCGGCCCACACGCCCUCGACGCCUACGACCACACCGGCUGGACGCCCCUCCACGUCGCGAUACACCAGGGCUUCGCCCCCGGCGCACGCCUCCUCAUCCGCUACGGCGCGAGUCCCGCGGCUAAGGCGCAUAAGUGUCUGCUUACCCGGCGGAUAGGGGGUGGGGAGUAG